AAGUACGUACCCGGAGAGCAGCCACCUGCUGCCCCCAUGCGGCCUUCUCUGUCAUACCAACUAGACUCCUGGCUGCUUGAUUCGAAGCACAUUUGUGUGGAUUUCGAUUUGAAGUGGUUUCGACCCGCUGGCCCGGUUUUGUGAUUGACGACGGCGUGCUACUAGAACCAGUAGCAGAAUCUCCCCCUCCACCCGGUGUCAGGGUUCGUGGAGGGCCUGCGAUGUGGCUCCCCUCGGACGGUUGAGGGGCUUAAAAAAAAAAAAAGGAAAAAGUUCUGUCUGGUCCAUACGAGAAGGCAGCGUUUUGACCUGACGGAACCAUCAGAUAUGCUCUUCAACACUUUUAACCGGCAUCAAGCCAUGCCUCAUCUCUGCAUCCUCCUGUCAGCCCUGCUGCUGAUGACCUCAGCGGUCGAACCCCAGAACAGACUUGAGGGAGAUGAAACUGAAGUCUUAAAUAGGACGGAGGCCGACCUCGUCCAGGACCAGAUAAAGAAUCUAAUUGAAAAUCUUAACGGACCCACUCCAAGUCUCACGUCUACCAUGGCCGCUUCUUUCAAGACUACCGCUCUCAACCAAGUGACCACUCUAAGCCAAGCGUCCAGUCCUGCUCCCGGCCAAGAACCCACAACCGCUGGCCACCAGGUGUCCAGUCUUGCUUCUCGGUGUCCCGGCAACCAGGUGAUGCUGGAGGGCAGCUCGGCUUGCGGCUGCCCGUCCGACCGGAUUAAGGUUGGAGACCUCUGCACGUGCCCGCUUGGCUUCCGUUUUGAAGGCGCAGCAGGGUGUAAAGAUGUCGACGAAUGCGCAGAAGAGGUGCCGUGCGGUCCUCACGCCAACUGCACCAACACCCCGGGCUCGUACUCGUGCCGAUGCCACCGUGGUUACCUGACGGGCGCAGCAGGGUGCCAGGAUGUCGACGAGUGCGCCCUGGCCGAGGUGACGGGCCUGCAGGCGUGCGGUGGGAAUGCAGAGUGCACCAACACCCUGGGCUCCUUCAAGUGUUCCUGCCCUGCCGGUUAUGUCAUGGCUCCGAAUGGACAAAACUGUCAAGACGUGGACGAGUGCAGCUUUGUAGAUUUGUGUCGGCGUGAUCUGGGAAACGUAUGCGCGAACACACCUGGGAGCUUCGUGUGCCGGUGCCCACCUGGCUUCAGAGCGGAGGCCCAGGACUGCAAGGGUGCUGCGUGUCCAAACUCCACCGCGUGUCGAGAUGUGGAUGAAUGCUCGGCGAGUCCCGCGCCGUGCGAUGGCCGAGGUGUGUGCGAGAACACGCCGGGGAGCUACAAGUGUGUGUGCCCGGCAGGUUACCGGGGCAACGGCACACACUGUGAAGAUUUGAACGAGUGCGCGACAGGCGCUCACGGCUGCGACGUCAACGCUCGCUGUGGCAACAUCAUCGGCUCCUACUUUUGCCAGUGCUACCAGGGUUUCAAUGGAGACGGCCAUUUUUGUUUUGAUAUUGACGAGUGCGCUGUGAACAACGGCCACUGCGAGCACAACUGUACCAACGAACGAGGAGGCUACAGCUGCCAGUGUGCCUCUGGCUACUCUCUGAACCAAGAUGCACGUGGAUGCACAGACGUGAACGAGUGCUUGUCUUCGAACGGAAGCUGUGCGCACCUCUGCGUCAACACUCCGGGAUCCUUCCAAUGCCGGUGCCGGCCCGGCUACCAGCUCCACAUCGACGGCCACACCUGCGUGGAUAUUGACGAAUGUAAACUUCAGAACGGCGGCUGCUCGCACACCUGCACCAAUUCACCGGGGGGACACAAAUGCCACUGCCCACCUCCUCUGCUGCUCGAUACCGACGAUCUCACCUGCAGCAAUGUAACUUCUUGUAAACUAAGAAAUGGCGGUUGCGCGCACGGAUGCGUUACGAGGGCCGAGGGCCACGUGCAGUGUAGCUGCCGCGCUGGCUGGAAGCUGAGCGAGGAUCUGAGAAGCUGCGAGGAUGCGGACGAAUGUGGAGACUUUACGAAUGGAGGCUGUGAGCAGUUGUGCCAGAAUCACCCUGGCACCUUCAACUGCACCUGCAGAGAAGGCUACCAAGUGCAAGCGGAUGACCCUACCAAAUGCCGGCCUGUGUGUGACCCCCCGUGUCGGAACUACGGCGUAUGUGUGGCGCCAAACAUCUGCGACUGUCCUCUGGGCUAUCCUGGCCUUGGCUGCUCAGCCAUGUGCUCCCCACCUUGUACCCAUGGAGGUACAUGUAUGCGCUGGAAUAAAUGUUUAUGUCCUCCUGGCUGGACUGGAGAAGGCUGUCACUCAGCCGUCUGCGAGCUGCCAUGCGCUAAUGGCGGUCGUUGUGUGGGUCCCGAUACCUGCCAGUGUCCCUCAGACUACACAGGACCCCAGUGUCUUUUGCCCUUGUGCAUACCCGCCUGUCAAAAUGGUGGCCGAUGUGUGGACGUCAAUAAGUGCACGUGUGUCGGUGGAUGGCAAGGAGCCCGUUGCCAGAUAGAGCCUGUUCAGUGUCAGAAGCCUUGUAAAAACGGUGGAGUGUGCGAAGGCCUCAACCGAUGUCGUUGCACCAAAGGAUUCGCUGGACGUCUUUGUGAAACAGCCGUGACCACACCGUGUGUGCCCCCCUGUCGGCACGGCGCCACCUGCAGUCCACACAACACCUGCACCUGUCCCGAGGGUACCGCGGGCCUCCACUGCGAGAGACUGACAUGCCCCGUGGUCACAACUGUGGUCAACAUGGCCCGAGCGGUAAGAAAAGCGUUUAGGGAAAGUUACGUCGACCGUUGCGGACCUUUGGGGAUCCAGCUUUGCACCAAAUACAGGAUGAAUCAGGCACGCGUGUACCUGCAGGCUUACAGGGUGGGCUACAAAAUCCAGUGUCCCGAGAGGAGAGGCCGAUGAUGGACUGUUUGAAAUAAAUAUUUCAAAAAUCACAUAUCAGUCGAUUCUGAAGGAGCCAAUUGCUGUGAUGACGACAAUUUGCUUAAAUAUUGAAAUGAGACAGGAUAUGGCUUAAUCAUUAUCGUUACAACGUACUGAUGUUUGCAGUCUUGCAGAUGAUUACAUUGCAACCCAUUGAAGAUAUCACCUCCUAGUUCCCAUGCAGUCGUUUACUCGACUUCGGUCCAGGCAGCAUCAGUUCAGUUAUUACUUAGUGACUGUCUGAGUAUUAUUUGUCUGCCACCUGUGAUUAAUUGCUGACCAGUCCUCGGUUUACCAUGUCCCAAAAAGUCUUCCUGAGUUCUUUGCCGAGGAUUUUGCAAUUGGAGAAGCAGAAUUUAUUUUUGAGCAUUUUAAAACUACAGUAUAGAAUUGUUUUCCUACUUUUUGGUCAAGCCUACACUUUAUGAAACACUUGAAAAAUGAAUGAAUAACGCCAUCACAUAACAUCAGGAUUUCUGGCUGGCAUUUGUCAGAUGAAAACUAUGCAACCACAAAUAAAUGUAAACAGCCGUGAA